AUGGCUGGCAAUAUGCGUGCUGCCCACUUCGAUGCAUUAGAAUUGAGAGACAGUCUGGACACUUGGUUCAAGACACAACUAGGGACGGACAAUAGAGAAGCAUUGUUGUUGGCUGAUACUCUAUUCUUUAACGCUACAAACCAGUCUCAUGCCAACGGCACCACAAAGAACCUGUUUCUGAGUUUGACCACAGAGGGGGCCUAUUCUUCCUCGAAAAGGUUGCUCUUCCUGAUGGACGUUGUUGGUCACUAUGUCAUCAAGAGGUUACAUUCCACAAUGUUGACUGUCACAGGAUGGCCGUCGCAGAUAUGGAGACAAGCAGUGAAGUUUUACGGACUUGCAGAUUUAUUAAAUUUCCUAUUCUUUUUAAACGGUGCAACCUCGAUCUCACCUCUCUAUACACUAUGCAAAGUGCACAUUACGUUAUCGAACGCACAACUGCGACCUGAAUACUAUCAGAACUCGAUGUUGGCGUCAGUGCAAUUGCAUAACAGACAACUACUUUGGAACUCAGUCCUGGAGCUGUUCAGUAUCCUAUUACUCAACCCAUGGUUCAACACUAGACUGAGAAGAGCCAUCAAAUCUUCAAGAACUUCUCCCAUAGAGAACCAUGGCGACAACUGCAUGAGCUGUGGUCUGUUUCCAACAAAUACACACUUUACAGACUGUUGCAGCUCGCUGUAUUGCUAUGCAUGUGUCCUGGACACACUCGACUUGCAACGUUGUAUUGUUUGCCAUAGCAAUAACUUCAAAGCCCUUCCGUACUACUAG